GGGCCGCCGCGGAAGAUGGUGGCGGCGCCGUGCGCCCGGAGGCUGGCGCGGCGCUCGCACUCGGCGCUGCUGGCGGCGCUCAUGGUGCUGCUGCUGCAGACGCUGGUGGUGUGGAAUUUCAGCAGCCUGGACUCAGGGGCUGGAGAGCGGCGGCGCGCGGGGGCAGCGGCGGGAGCAGCCGAGCAGCAGCAGCAGCAGCAGCCCGCGGCCCCGCGCCGGGAGCGCAGGGACCUGGCUGCCCAUCCGCCCGCAGCCCGCGGAGGACCUGGAGGCCGAGCCGGCGGAGGAGGAGCACGGGGAGGCGGCCCCGGAGGAGCCCGCGCGCAGCAGCCUGCCAGCCGCGGGGCACUGGCCGCCCGGGCGAGGGACCCACACCCGAGUCCACUGAUCACCCUAGAGACCCAGGAUGGCUACUUCUCUCACCGGCCCAAAGAAAAAGUUCGGACCGACAGCAACAAUGAGAACUCGGUCCCCAAGGACUUUGAGAAUGUGGACAACAGCAACUUUGCCCCCAGGUCCCAGAAGCACCAGCCAGAACUGGCAAAGAAGCCUCCCAGCAGGCAGAAAGAGCGCUUGCAGAGGAAGCCAGAGGCCCAGGUCAAAGGGCAGGGCCAGUCAGUCCUGGGGAAAGGCCCCAAGGAGGUGCUGCCUCCUCGAGAAAAAGCCACAGGUAACAGCAGCCAAGGAAAAGACCUUGCAAAGCACAGCCAUGCCAGGAAGACUGCUGGCGGAGGGUCUCCUGAAACCAAGUCUGACCAGGCUCCCAAGUGUGACAUCUCUGGCAAGGAGGCCAUAUCAGCACUGACCCGCGCUAAGUCCAAGCACUGCCGCCAGGAGAUUGCAGAAACCUACUGUCGUCACAAGCUGGGACUGCUAAUGCCAGAGAAGGUGGCUCGAUUCUGUCCCCUGGAGGGCAAAGCCAACAAGAACGUCCAGUGGGAUGAGGACGCUGUGGAGUUCAUGCCCCCCAACCCAGUCAGAAUCGCCUUCGUCCUGGUGGUCCAUGGCCGCGCCUCUCGACAGCUGCAGCGGAUGUUUAAGGCCAUUUACCACAAAGACCAUUUCUACUACAUCCACGUGGAUAAGCGUUCCAAUUACCUGCACCGGCAAGUGCUCCAGUUCUCCGGUCGGUAUGACAACGUCCGAGUCACCUCCUGGAGGAUGGCCACCAUCUGGGGCGGUGCCAGCCUCCUGUCCACCUACCUGCAGAGCAUGCGGGACCUCCUGGAGAUGACGGACUGGCCCUGGGACUUCUUCAUCAACCUCAGUGCCGCCGACUACCCCAUCAGGACAAAUGACCAGCUGGUGGCAUUUCUUUCCCGAUACCGAGAUAUGAACUUCCUGAAGUCACAUGGCCGAGACAAUGCCAGGUUCAUCCGGAAACAGGGCCUGGACCGUCUUUUCCUGGAGUGUGAUGCUCACAUGUGGCGUCUGGGGGACCGGCGGAUCCCAGAGGGCAUUGCUGUUGAUGGUGGCUCCGACUGGUUCCUGCUUAACCGGAAGUUUGUGGAGUACGUGGCAUUUUCCACAGAUGACCUGGUGACCAAAAUGAAGCAGUUCUACUCUUACACCCUCCUUCCAGCUGAGUCGUUUUUCCACACGGUCCUGGAGAACAGCCCCCACUGUGACACCAUGGUGGAUAACAACCUGCGCAUCACCAACUGGAACCGCAAGCUGGGCUGCAAGUGCCAGUACAAGCAUAUUGUGGACUGGUGCGGCUGCUCGCCCAACGACUUCAAGCCCCAGGACUUCCAUCGCUUCCAGCAGACAGCCCGGCCCACCUUCUUUGCUCGAAAGUUCGAAGCCAUAGUGAACCAGGAAAUCAUUGGGCAGCUGGACUCUUACCUGUACGGGAACUACCCCGCGGGCACGCCAGGCCUCCGCUCCUACUGGGAGAAUGUCUACGAUGAGCCAGACGGCAUCCACAGCCUCAGCGAUGUGGCUCUCACCCUGUACCAUUCCUUCAUUCGCCUGGGCCUGCGAAGGGCUGAGUCGUCCCUCCACACAGACGGAGAGAACAGCUGCAGGUACUAUCCAAUGGGCCACCCAGCAUCUGUCCAUCUCUACUUCCUUGCUGACCGCUUCCAGGGCUUUCUGAUCAAGCACCAUGUGACCAACCUUGCCGUGAGCAAACUGGAGACGCUGGAGACGUGGAUGAUGCCAAAGAAAGUCUUCAAGAUCGCAAGUCCCCCCAGUGACUUUGGGAGGCUUCAGUUUUCUGAGGUUGGCACUGACUGGGAUGCCAAGGAGAGGCUGUUUCGGAACUUCGGCGGCCUCUUGGGACCCAUGGACGAACCAGUGGGGAUGCAGAAGUGGGGAAAGGGACCCAACGUGACUGUGACUGUUAUUUGGGUGGACCCUGUCAACGUCAUCGCAGCCACCUAUGACAUCCUGAUUGAGUCUACUGCAGAGUUCACACAUUACAAACCCCCUUUGAAUCUGCCUCUGAGGCCUGGGGUCUGGACAGUAAAGAUUCUCCAUCACUGGGUGCCCGUUGCAGAGACCAAAUUCCUUGUUGCACCUCUGACCUUCUCCAACAAGCAGCCCAUCAAACCAGAGGAGGCGCUGAAGCUGCACAAUGGGCCACCUCGCAGUGCCUACAUGGAGCAGAGUUUCCAGAGCCUGAACCCAGUUCUCAGCCUGCCCAUCAGUCCUUCCCAAGUGGAGCAGGCCCGGAGGAAUGCAGCCUCCACCGGCACAGCGCUAGACACCUGGCUGGACUCGCUGGUGGCUGGGACUUGGACUGCCAUGGACGUCUGUGCCACGGGUCCCACCGCCUGCCCCGUCAUGCAGACCUGCAGCCAGACAGCCUGGAGCUCCUUCAGCCCUGACCCCAAGUCAGAGCUGGGUGCAGUCAAGCCCGAUGGCCGACUCAGGUAGCAGUGGCCACAUGGGACCUCUGUAGCCUCAAACUCCCGGCCUCUGACCUUGUAUGGAGGGGAUGCCUUUUGUACAAGGACCUCUGCCUACUGCAGAAGGAUGGAGAGAGGGUUUGGAGGCCAGAAAAGAGUCAGCCUGUGUUUGCCAAGCUGGAGUAGGUAACUCAGUCCCAGGGCCACAGCGGUCUCCCCUCUUCUGCUUGCUUCUCAGUCCUCCAGGGUCCUGUUCUCCCCCUCCGAUGGCCUGCACUUGCC